GGAUCAUCGGUUACGCUCCUGAAUUAUACGAGAUAUUAACACACAGAUCCAUAGACGACGAUGACGACGAUCAAUUAUUUUACACUCAAGCAUACCUUAACGAAACUCUUAGAAAUAAUUUGAAAAUAAAAUUAGAUCACAAAUCUCAAAUAUUUCACAAUUUACACGGUGCCAUGGAUGAGCUUUCGCUUAAAUUUAAAAAUCACGAACCUUAUUUGGAAAACGAACAAAUGAAAAGUCAUCCGUUGAUAUUACACGGUAACGGUCCGACAGUCGUCAAAGUCGGUUUGAAUAAUUUGGGUAAUUACUUACCGAAUUGUUGGAAUACCCGAGACGGAUGCGUUUCGUGCAAGGAAAAUGUGAUAACACUAUCAGACGAAGAUGUAAGGUUCAAUGACACGUUCUUGCUGACCUUUAACCCCUUCGGAUCAAAAUAA